GGAAAGGAUACGAGAAACUGCUUUAAAACUAAACUACUUUAGCUGGGACUGUUGUAAAGAUACAUUGUGUUUUGAAAACCUGAACAGGCCUAUGGAUUUUUAGAUUUAGCUGCUGAUUUUUUACAAUAAAGCACGUGCGCAUUGUCUUUCGACAUAAUGCCAAACCAGUCCAGCUGCUAUGGCAGUUACCAAAGAUGGAAAACGGUCCAUUCAAUCGAAAGUCGUGGGCAACGCAGUCCUUGCGUAUCACCGCAAAGGAAAUGUCACUGGUCAGUGGCCGAGGGAGAAACAAUGCCAUAGCUGAGCGCUUCUCCAAGUACCAGAGAGCUGCUGAGGAGUCAAGUACAGAGAAGAAAAAAGGAUCUUUUGACAGAGCAGCACCCUCCCUGCGGUCAGGCAAUCUCAGCGCUCUGAAGAAGCGCUGGGAGCAAGCAGAGAACAACAAAGCUUCCUCCAUUCUACCUGAUAAGCAAUCCAUCGCUCGCUGCAGGCCUCCCUCCCUUACCAGACUUCCUUCUGUCAGUGGAAACCCCCCGACACUGAAGAGCCCCAACCUGCUGUCUGCUCAGGGAGGUCAGCCUAUAGCUAGUUGUGUCCCGCAGCCAUCAGCACCUCCAGAAGCACCUCGAGAAGCACCCAAAGCUGAAGAACAGAGUGCAAUGGAUAGAGUUGAGCUGACCCAUAGUGAUAGACCUGAAAAGGUUGAAGCACAAGUUCCAACCAGUCCUUGUGCCUCUUAUGAAAAAGCACAUUUGCCACUGAACAACCUGAAGAUGAAAUUUGAGAGGGGAGAGGACACCGUGGGAAAGGGUGGCAGGACAACACUACGCAGUACGUCGUCAGAAGACAUGGACCAGCGUAGUGGUCCGUCUGUGACUGACAGAGUGCUGGAGUCAUCAUCCCUGAGGGAGAAGAUGGCCAAGUACCAGGCUGCUGUUUCCAAACAAGGCACACGACCUCUCCAGGGUGUGGACCUCGAGGCGCCAGCUCCAAAAACAUCUGCACCUGUACUUCAGAAACACAUAUCUGAGUGCAAUGGUGAGAGCAGCGAGCCCUCCAAAGCAUCCAGGAAGUUCAGCCCACCGGUGAGGGAGAUGUGUGUUGCUUGUCUGAAGACAGUGUACCCGGUGGAGAGGCUGGUGGCUCAUCAGCAUGUCUACCACAAAAGCUGUUUCCGCUGUGCUCACUGCAGCACAAAGCUCAGUCUUGGGACCUUUGCUUCUUUGCAUGAUAACAUCUACUGUAAGCCCCAUUUCAAUCAGUUGUUUAAAGCCAAAGGCAACUAUGAUGAGGGCUUUGGCCAUCGGCCUCACAGAGAGCAGUGGCAGUCCCAAGAUGAUGGAGAUGAAAGUAAAGAAGCAGUAAAGCCACAAGCACAAGAGGCUCCGGUAGCAGUGAGGCAUCUAUCUGAGAGCAUCUCAGACAAACAGCCAACUGCAGCCGUGGAAACAGCCCCGCCGGUAAAGGCCUUACUGCGGACGCACACCAGUGCUGGUGAGAAGCCUCAGUCUACAGAAAGGUCAGUGGAGACUCGCAGGCUGAGGAUUGCCUGGCCUCCUUCGGCUGGUGAGGGCCACUCUGGGACUGCACAACUUAGUCCAGUCACAGGGGGAGUUACUUCAGGCCGAGCUUGCAGAGCCAAAUGGCCCCCAGAGGGAGACGUACCAUCGUCCUUAAAGAGUUCAGAGCGGGCUGAACUGAAGAGCCUGAGGAGGAGCUCUUCUCUAAAGGAGCGCAGUCGGCCUUUUACAAUUGCAGCAAACCCCAGCCAGGAAACUAAUCUGCAUCCCAGGGAGCCUCGGCGCCCUCUCAAGUCCCUGCUGAAAUGGAAAGCAUCAUUUGAGGAAAAGGAGUCGCGCAGAGAAAAGAAGCCCGAGCUCCAGCAGGUGAAACAGCAGGAAAAGACAGAGCAGAAGAUGCCUCAAGGAGAUGCAGUAGGUGAGACCAUCUUAAAGGAGGACUCCAAGGUAAAGAAGCAGCAGGAAGAGAAAGAAGAAGAAGAAGAAGAAGUACAGAGAGAAAAUGUGUCAGCGGCAGCAGACAAGAUGGCAGCAGAAGAACAUUCUCUGAGAAGUAGCUCACCACCCCCCUCUCCACCUCUGCAGCCUGAACAGAACCGUACCUCCCAGGAUGUGGGCUUCUGGGAGGAGGACAAAGAAGGAAGUGAUGCUGAGGAGCUGAGUGCAGAGGAUAUAAUCAAGAGGAACCGCUACUAUGGGGAGACGGAGGAGGACUCUGACUCAUAGGAGUGUGUCACAGUCUUAUUAUCUUGUCCAUCCACCAUAUAACACUUUACUUAGUUUAUAGGUGGAUCGUGCAUUUAGCUUUGCCAGAUUUUAUAGCGUUGAUGGAGAGCUGUAAUACUAGUUGUGUGUAUGUGCAUAUUUAAUAACCGCCUUAAUUUCUUAAAGUAUGAGUAUCAGAUUGUUUAUAUUUUAAUUGGAUGCUGUAAAAAUGUGUAAUACAGGUUUUCUAUGAUUCGUGAUUCUUCUGGGACAUGUGCCUCUGCAGUAUGAAACUCAAUCAGUGCACUUCUGGACCUCAUCAUCUUACAAUUAUAAGCAUCAGUGGUGUAUUAUUUGCAGGGGAUGUGUCUAAAAUACUUUGUGGCAACUAAAUGUACUUUUUAAUUAUAAGGAGUACCAGGCUGCAUCAAACAAAACAGUAAUUAUUAGAAUUUUUGCCUUUCCUAGAAGCAGAAAAGAUGUAAAUCUCAUACCAAAAAAGGGUACAGUCGUACUGUUUUUACAGUGUUGGAGAACAAAUGUCUGUGCAUAUUAUAGUUUACAUUUUUUGCACAUCUCCCUAAUUUAAGAUACAUUAGGGAAAAGAAAACAAAACCUAAAUGAGCACACUAUGGACUAGGAUUUGGCAAACCUCCAAACCAGAACAGGAAAUGGACUGCACUUAAAGUUCCUUCCCAGAUGAAGCGCCUUACAGUUUCUGCCACCCAUUCAACCGUUCACACACUGAUGGAGCUGCCAUGCAAGGCCCCUGCGCACCAGUUUUAGGUUCAGUGUCUUGCGCCAGGCACACACAUAAUGAUAAAAUGCUGUACUGUAUAUUGGGCAAUAUGACGAUACUGUUCAGAUAAUAUCAAAAGUCUGCUUUUUUUGAAAGUUUUGUUUGUUGCUGAGGCUUCACCUUCUCCCACCAUCUGAGUAAUCACCAGUUCUGUAAAUGCACUCGGUAAACGAUAUUGACACUAUCCUGUAGGGCGUCUGUGGUUUGGUAAAAAACCCAGGAGACCUCAGACACCAGAUUAUAUCAUGUGUUGGGAGUUUGAACGUGUUCUAUUGUUUUGUCAGAUAGAGAUUACAUUUAUUUUGAAAAAACUGAAGGAGAUUGUUGGUCCUGGUCAAACUCUCAUCUCAUAAUGUUCAAACCACAAUUAAUACAAAAAUCAGGAGAUUUAUUAAGGUUUCUAUUGAUAGCUGUCCUGUCAGUUCACUAUCUCUCUCUCUCUCUAUGUGUGUAUCAUCUUUUGGGCUUCCUGGAUUUGUGCUUCACAUUUCUAAAUGUGAUUCAGUUAACAUAUUUUAGUGUGCUGUGGAAUAUGUUUGCACUACAGAAUUUUUUUUUAAAUAAUUUGUAUGACACUGAGGAUUAAGUUUUAUCAAUAAAAUCCAGAGUUUACACAAAACUUCAUGAUACACUUACUAUCUAUUAAAUGGUGUUACACACACUCAAAGCACUUUCACACACAUUUGACCAUUCACACU